CGGAAGUGACGGCUGGUUGUCAAGGGACGUUUUAGUUGACGGAAGUUUCUGCUCGGUAGCUCUUUUUCCCUGACAUUUUCAUACUUUAAAACACCCUCCGCCGACCAGACGUAUCGUCAUCGGGCUCCUCAGGGUGCGGGGGGCUGUUUUCUCCGGCCUGGCGGUGAGCUCAGGCCGCUCGGCCCGGGCUGGCAUGGCUCCGGUCCCGCAGCCCGGAGCGGCGGUGGUCGCUGACUGGCACCGCGAUGCAGACAGCAGGGAGUUUUUCAGCAGGAUCCUGCACAAGAAGAGACGGAGAAAGUUCAGCCUGUUGGAGUCUCCGGUGAUGCCGCCUCAUUUGGCUGUGGACACAGUUCAUUAUAAGGUUUUCAUCUCCGGGAAGAGCGGGGUAGGGAAAACCGCUCUUGCUGCACGUCUUGCAGGAAGAAGUAUUCCCAGCAUGCACUAUGAAACCACAGGUAUUGAGACGACAGUCGUGUACUGGCCAGUGAAACUGAGAGAAAGUGGCCGGGUGCUUUUCUUUCGCCUGCAGCUAUGGGACUGUGGAGAGAACGCCUUGCGGAGAUUUGACCAUUUGCUUCCAUCGUGUAAGGAGCAACUGGAUGCUGUCCUUUUCCUGUUCUCCUUCACAGACAGGACAUCAUUUGACGAUCUGUCCAAUCAGAUUGCUAAAUGGUCCGGGCCGUCUGACAGACUGGUGAAAUUGGUGGUUGGCACCAAAUACGACCUUUUCAUGCACAGCGAUGUGACCGAGCGAGAAGUGACAAGGUUCCAGGAGGAGUGGGGCUCUCCUGUGCUCCGUACGGGCGGAGAGGUCAGUGAUGGGCUGGGCGACGUUGCUGCCCUCCUCAACGGCCUGGCAGAGAACCUGUGGCACCAGGACUGUGUCGCUGCCAGCCAGCACUCACAGCAAGCGACAGGAACUCUAAUCUAAUAGACUGACUGUUAUUUUAGGAGGCAGUUGAGGUGGAUCAGACACGUUAGGAUGGUCUCUACACCUCCUCCCGGCUGGCCUGGGAUACUCAGGAGGAACUGGGGAAAAGCACAUCUGGGUUGCUCUGCUUGUCCUGUUGCUCCCACAACACUGACCUAGAUAAGCAGCAUCAAAGUGGGUGGAGAGAUUAUUUUAUCCAAUGCUGCAAUCACAGCCAUCCCAAGAUUAGUGGUUUGACCUUUCUGAAAUGAACAUCUUUAGUUCCCUCAUCCCAUUUGAAGAUCAGUAAGAGGGGCAGAUUUGAGCAAAUU